CAGAGGGGUGUGAGGGCCCCGCUCCGGCUGCUGGCGGAGCGCUCGGGAGACCAUGUCCAGCGGCAGCAGCUGCAGCCAGACCCCAAGCCGGGCCAUCCCCGCCACUCGCCGGGUGGUCCUCAGCGACGGCGUGCACCUGCCGCCCGGGGACUACAGCACCACCCCCGGCGGCACGCUCUUCAGUACCACCCCGGGAGGUACCAGGAUCAUCUACGACCGGAAGUUCCUAAUGGAGUGUCGGAACUCACCUGUGACCAAAACGCCCCCGCGGGACCUGCCCACCAUUCCCGGGGUCACUAGCCCUGUGGGUCAUGAGCCCCCUACAGAAGCCAGCCAGGACCACCUGAGCAGCAGCCCAGAGGACAAGCCGGCGGGCGGUGAAGAGUCACAAUUUGAGAUGGACAUUUAAAGGGCCAGCCGUCGGAGUGAGCAAUGCCGCUUGGGCCCCAGAGGCCCGUCUCGGGAGAAGAGUCACACCAGCCAGGCUUUGUGAAAGUUACCAUCCUGGGCAGCUGUCCGUGUGGAGCCUUCCAGCCCCGCCCGCUGCUCCCUCGCUCAGGGCACCUGCUCCCCUCCCCCUUCGUGGACACCAGCAGAUACCUCCGUGUGCCUCCAGCCCUGCAGGAGCUGUCAUCCCGAGGGCAGUGACCUCAGGCACACCCUGCAGCCCAGGGCCAGCUAGUGGACAUGCUCCGGCUCUCCCAGCCCCCUCCUCCGGGGGGCGCACCCACCCCUUCCUCAGGUUGGUGUGUGGGAAAGCUCCCCUCCCCCUCCCUUCCCAGGAAAGGAAAUAAAAGCCUUCGCCCUAGGG